AUGCCCAGUGAUUCAAGUUCGCUGAAGAUGACUAUCGCAUGGAUAUUUCACAUUUAUGAGUUAAGUGCCCUAAUCAUCAAAUACUUUAGCAGGGUGUUUGAUGAAAUUCUGCAGGAAGGUUUGGUAGUCAAUUGGUCAGGUCAAGGAUUGCAAAAACUGGGUCCAGCCUUACCCUGUGAUGCUGAUACUCAUACUCUGAUUCUGGACAAAAACCAGAUAAUAAAAUUGGAACACUUGGAGAAAUGCAGGAAUCUGAUGCAGCUCUCUGUAGCCAACAAUCGUUUGGUGCGAAUGAUGGGUGUAGCAAAACUGACUAAGCUCCGGGUGCUAAACUUGCCUCAUAAUAGUAUUGGGUAUGUGGAAGGGCUAAAGGAUUUGGUGCACCUAGAAUGGCUGAACUUGGCAGGCAAUAAUCUUAAGGCCAUUGAACAAAUCAAUUCCUGUCUGUCUCUUCAGCACCUUGAUUUGUCAGACAAUAACAUAGCUCAAUUAGGCGAUCUCUCCAAGCUUACAUUGCUGAAGACUCUUUUGCUACAUGGAAAUAUUAUAACUUCACUUCGCACUGCCCCCGUUUGCCUACCUCAGAAUCUGACUGUUUUUUCUUUGGCAGAAAAUGAAAUCAGAGACUUAAAUGAGGUUUCUUUCCUGACCUCUCUUCAUCAGUUGGAGCAGUUGUCAAUUAUGAACAAUCCUUGUGUGAUGGCCACACCUUCUAUUCCUGGCUUUGACUACAGGCCAUAUAUUGUCAGCUGGUGUCUGAACCUUAAAGUUCUUGACGGAUAUGUGAUUUCUCAGAAGGAAAGUUUGAAAGCAGAAUGGCUUUACAGUCAAGGUAAAGGAAGAUCAUAUCGACCUGGGCAGCAUGUUCAGCUAGUCCAGUACUUGGCUACCGUUUGUCCUCUUAUAUCUACAUACGAUCUCCAGACUGAAGAGGAUGCCAAACUGGAAAAAAUACUGAGUAAGCAAAGGCUCCACCAGAGGCAGCUGAUGCAUCAAAACCAAAAUGAAGGACCACCUACAUCAUCUACUCCCAACAAACCCCCGCCAGUUACUUAUGAACACAGCAGUCCAGCCCAGCCACCACAGAUAGUUCUUGAAAGUGAACCUAUCACCCAGAAGAACUCUUGGGUUGGACAAAAUACAAACGAUGAUCAUUCCUAUGCAGUAAAGAACACUUUUCUUCUUGAAAGAAGUUUUCGCAAGGAGUUGUACCUUGAAGAUAUACAGACAGAUGAAGACAAACUAAACAGCAGCCUUUUAUCCUCAGAGUCUACUUUCAUGCCAGUUGCUUCAGGAUUGUCUCCAGUAUCUCCUACUUCAGACCUGAAACUACAUGGAAUCAACUUGGGCCUAGCAGAUGAUGAUGAUACAGUGAUUGAAUGUGUGAGUGAUGUUAAUAGCAGAGAAACAGCUAACAAGCAAGAAGCUUCAUGUGUUACAAGAGAGCAUUUGAACAGACCAGUGGGAAGUUUGGAAACUCAAGAGAGUGUCAAAGAGAGUGUGCUGUUGCCUUCUGAUCCAGUAACAGCUAGCCUGACUGCUAAUAAUGGCAGUUGCUCAGCAUCCUCUGAAGACCAAACUCUGCAUAGUCACCCCAGCACCUCAUUAGGUGCCGAUUCAGGAGUUACAACUCUCUGUCCUGACCAGAUGACGGGAGAAAGUUCUGACUCAUUAGCUGUUGUCGAUCAAGGUGCAGCUGAACUGCAAAGAAUGACUAAUGCAGCUACCAAGCUUCAAGCCUGCUGGAGAGGAUUUUACACAAGGAACUACCAUCCCCGAGCCAAGGAAGUGCGGUAUGAAAUUCGACUGAACAGAAUGCAGGAGCACAUCAUUUGCUUAACUGAUGAAAUAGAAAAACUAAGAAAAGAAAGAGAGGAAGAUAAGAUUCAGAGGCUUGUACAGGAGGAAGCUGUCAGGUUUCUUUGGGAUCAGGUUAAAUCCCUUCAACAGUGGCAGCUUUCAGUGACAGAAAAUUUAGGUGCCACUUGGCAACCUGGAAUGCCUUCAGCCAGUACUAUCUGUCCAUCCAAACCAUCUAUUCGAUCAUCCACAUUUGAGCAAGAAACCCCACCAGAUGUUCGUUCUUCUUGGUUAGUUCCAGCUAGUGAUGUUCAUCAGGAAAAGUCUUUACUGAAGUUCCCAGAUUCUGGUUUUCAUUCCUCUGUGGCUGAUCAGACUCAUGCCAGUGACUUGUGUAUCUCUGAAAAGAGUUUAACAGAAGGAACUGAGACCUCUCUUUCAGUGGAAACUGUCAAACAAUGCGGCAAUUCUGUUUCAGCAUAUUCCUCAGAUGUGGAGGAUGGCCAUGGGGAAUGUGGGCAAAGUAGAGAGAGCUCUGGUAAUGAUCAGGACAGCAGACUAAUACAGCAGUAUCUGGAAUCUGUUCAGCAGCUGGAAGAGGCUGAUGAAGGGACAAAUUGCAAUAAUGAAACAGAGGGUAGCUGGCCACAAGACUCUCUUUCAGCAGAAAGCCGAGAUUCUUCAUCUGACACCGUCUCAGUAGAUCUCCCUCAAGAUUCAUCUUCCCCUGCCCGAGGUGAAAUCAGCCAGACACCAGAUAGCUGCAAACUGAAUUCAGGGAUAGUAGAAGGGAAGCAAACAGACUGUGAUUCUUCAUUUCAGAUGCUGCAUGUUGGGAUAGCUGUAUAGUAGGCUCAGAUCCACAAAGGACUAGGAAUUCCAUUUCACUUUCCUUUCUUUUUGUUUUUCCCAUUUAUACAAAACUUUUCAUGUGUGCUGUUUCAGAUUUUGACUCAUGUUACCAAUUUGUUUUAAUUAGUAUUUUCUUGAUGUUGCUGAGGACUGACACUACACUAACCUGAAAUCAGCAAAGUUCUCAGUGACAGCCAUUACGCACUUUAUUUUCAAACAAAACUGAUAUCCUAAUAACUGGCUUCCAUUAAUUCUGAAGAUUGGGGGUGUUUGAGGUGGUGGUGGUGCUUGCUCUAAAUUCAAUUUGGUGAAUGUGUUAGUAAGUCUUAUAAUUUUUUUCUAAAAAGCUGGUUUGAGUUCUUACUUUGCAAAGAGAAGGAAAUAAUAUGGGAAGAAACAGAGUCAAUAUAGGCAGUGAGUGUGUGUAUGGAUACAGUCUGGUGAGAAAGAUGAAAGCAGUUGCCUUUCAGACUUCUUUUGACUUAAACAUGGACCAAACUGCUCUUGUUACAAAGAUGCUUUCCAUGAGACCAGUGUCCAAGUCAGUGACUUCUUUUUGUCCUUACCUUGAAGCUGCUGGCUAGGAAUUAGCUCAUUUACAUGUGCACUGAAACAAGGACUUAGAGGAGCGAGACCUUAGUGAGCUUCAAGCAAACCUUUGUUUGCUCUGGGGCUGAAUUUCCCUCUUUUCUCAGGAAAGACUCAAAGCAGAACCAGUAGCAGCCUUUGCUAAAUAAGAAUUUCAAAAGGGUGUGUGAUUUGGGAACAUCAUUUUCAAGACUGCACAGCUGGGUUACAGCAGCAGCCUUGGUGACAUGUUUUUCUUCCACAAGGAUGCUAAUGUCACUGUGGGAUCUGGAUCUGCGUAGCUUUCAAGACAUUGGCACCUUUGGAUCACAACUACUUCUAUCUGCAGGUGGAAAUAUUAAAAGCAAAUGCUAUGACUUAAAACUAUUUCUUGACAUCUCUCUUGGGUUUUUUGUCUGUUUUUCUCUGUAUGUCCAGUAUUUGAUAUUCUGAUUAGAUGUGGAUAAAAAGCUCUGUUUCUUCCCUGUUGGCAAAUGUGCUAAGAUACCUAGGCUAUGCUUUCCAAUUUAACACUGGACAAGCAGUAGGGUUUGUAUCUUGCCUAGCCAUUGCUGUGUUGUUGUUUUCAUGGAGAAAGAUCGAGUAUGUUAGUACACCGCAGAAGUGGCAAGGGAAAUCUGUUUAGCUGUGCAAUUUGUGAUGGACACUAGUAAAAUAAAAGUUGACGUCAUGACUUCUAGGGGUCAGUUCAGUGUGCAGAUACUGUAUUUUGCAGUGUGUACUGGAAGACCAGUGUUUCAGUAGUUUGCCAAUAUUAACUUCUCAGAUAUAAAGACACGUGUAUAUUAUAAAUCUUUGAAUCACCACGUUAACUUCUGGUGCUAUGGUGGUGUUAAGUAGUGCUGUUUUAAAGUGACUCCUAUGGCCAUGUUACCAUGUAAAAUAGUUGAAUUCUUGUAAAAGCUUUGGUUGCUUGUCAGCUUUAGGUUCUGAGCUGAAAUUUACAACUACUCAGGAGUUUGGCAUGAGGCCAGUAUCUGCUUGAGGCCUCAAAAUAGCCUUUAUUUACAACAGAAAUGGUGUAUUGGACUUGUACCAGCCAUCUGCCCAGUGGUGAAGUUCACCUUGGAAGAAUAAAGCUUGCCUCUGUGUAUAGAAUAGCCAUCAUCUCUUUUCCCCACCCCCAAAAAAAUAAGUUCUAGGGCACUACCUUCUCAAAGAGCUGUCACUGCAAUCAAGCUGACAUUUGACUGUGCCUUGCAUACAUGAGAGCACUGAAAAAAAACCCCAGCAACUGAGGUGGUAGAUUCUUAACUCAGUCUAGUUACAGCACGUUUGUAGCAUAACCAUAGUCAUAAUUAGAUCUUAGAGUAGGAAUGUUCUUGGGUAUUGGAAGUGGUACAGGUGUAUUAAUGUAUCACAACAUCUAAUUAAAGUGUUUAGUCUUACAUGAUCGUACCCUUGUUCUCUGAAGGUUCUCAACUUGGAUUUAAAUCUGCCAUGCCUGGACAUCUCCGCAGUUCAUAGGAUUUGGCUCUUUGGCUGUCAGUCUGUUUUUUAAAAGAUACCUUAUUUUUUAAAAAGAUCUCAUGUAAACCUUUGAAGAGACUUACUUUGGGUUUUGAGAGAGAAAUUGUUUCUGUCUGUAACACAGUUGUUGGACCUUACACUCUGGAGGCAGUGGUUAGGUGUAAAAAACCAGUAAGUUCUCUUUCAUGGAAGAGUGCUUUAUUAGCAUAUUCAAGAAUUUUCAAUUAGAAAGAGGAGAAACAACUUUAAUUUUGGAGGUGUCCAAGGGGAAAAACUUGGUGAAUCCUUACAUUUUCAUGGAAGCCCUAGAUGUUUCCUGACAUUUCCUCUGUAACAGAGAAAUUGGAGGAAUUAUUAGAGCUUGCAAACACAAACCAACUUAUUUUAACUAAAUGCCUUGGUCAACUGUUGGCUGUUUUUAACUUGUAACCCAUGUAUCCAAAAGUGAUUUUAUGAAGGUACAAUGAAGUGUGUAUCAACAUAUAAUCAGUUUUAUCUUAUUCUUUUGGGGAAGCUGUGAAAUAUGGAAGAAUAUGAAAGGUUUUGGGUUUUUUUCUGAUGUUCAGAAAAGUAUCUUGCGUGUAUAUAAGGUGGGCUGCCUGAAUAUACAGAAAUCACAAGAAAUGGUGAAGUUUUGGAUUAGUUUUUACAGGGUUAAAUGUAAUUAGUUUGUAUAUACACAGUAUUUCAUCCUGACCAUUAAAAUACAUACAGGGAAAGACAUAAUGAGAGAUAAGGUAAAAAAAUAAGGAAUCAAACUGGAUGUAUAUUUAGAAAUGGCUUCCUUUGGUCUGUUUUGAGCUCUUGAAAAAUCAUUAUAUGGAAAUAUCAUAGCUUAAUAUAUGGCUUAACAUUUACUCUUCUUUGUAUAAGUUUUCGUAAUCUAGGUAUGUAAUAUUGUUUUACCUGGAUAGAAAUGCACAGCUCCCUUUAGAGAUGCUGGAAAUUUCAUAAAGGAAUCGGAAGGCCUAAUACAUGAAAAUCCAUGUCUGAAAUUUUCCUGUACUAAUAUGGUAUGUCUUACAGCAUUUUCUUUUUGUAAGGCUUUAUACUCAACAGAAUAAUGUGCUUUGUAGGAGGAAGGCUUGUCUGUUGUACUUUGUCCUGGCUUGGUCCUCCAGUAUUAAUGGAAGAGAUUCCUAACGGUUAUUUGUCAGGCAGCAUUGUCAGCUCUGCCAUGAGUACAGUUUAAGUGCUUCUUUGAUUUGUUUCAGAUAAAUUGGCUAAAUAUAGCUCAGACUAAUGAUAUAAACUGUGCCACACAAGUAGUUUUUUCUCCAAAUGAGGUGGUUGGUGCAUGCGAACCUUUUUCAGCCAGUCUGUGGCAGAAAUUACUCUUUUGCCUGCUUUUAUGAAGGUAGGGAGAAGGAGGAAGGUGGAAAUGCAUUUAUAUAUGUUUUCAGGUUUAGUCUGUAAUGGUAACACCAGCUCUUCUAUGAUUGCAGGCCUGUUGACAUUUUAUGCUUGAAGGGUUUUUUAAGGUAUUUGAAUUGUAUUGAUUCUUCUCUGUUAGAUAACUUUACAAAAGGGAAACAACAAGGUAAUGCCUGAUUAAUGGUCACAACUCUAGUUUUAGUACCUAAACCCAUCAUUUAAAUGAAUGGGAGAUUUGAAUGGCAAGGAUGGAAUUUUUAAAAGGUACUGAACAUUGGCCUAACUCUUGCUUUUAUUUCCUUAAAAGAAGCAGGGUCAUGCUUGAGUUUGAGUCCUUGUGAACUGGCUGUCUGAAUUGGGAUUUUACCAUAUUUGCAUCUCUAGAGAGUUCUUACACCACAAAGCAAGAAGGCAUUAAGACUACAAAUUUUAUUUUAUUGCUUCUAAAACACAAACAUCUUUCAGCAAAUACUUGAGAAAGUCCUUGUUAAACUAAAUUGCAGAAGCCUAACAUUUUGUUUAUAGUUAAGUUCCUUAAACAACAAUAGAUUAUACUAUUUGCAUGAAGCAAUUUCAAUAAUGCACUUCACAGCCAGUCUGUCUGUAUAUAAAAACAAGUUUCAUUUUUUUUCUGAAUAAUGUUUGUAUGUCAUUGAGCUUGCAAAUGUUCCUGGUUUUUAUGGAUUUGUAUAUAUUGUCUUAAGAACUCCAAUCUUAGUUUUUACUUGUAGCAGGUUGUUUGAUGAACGAAAAUGGAAGAUACAUUUCUUUGAGACUACCUUGGUGGUUUUUAUUGGACUGGAAGGUAGUGUGUCUCACACAGAUACACUUUUUGUUGAGAGGAUAGAAUUGUAGCAUUUAGUGGAGACUGAUGCAAUGACAAAAAUAUGUAAAAAACUGGGCAGUUCCCCUGCUUUUAGGGAGUGGAAGAGACCUUUUUUUUUCCCUGUGGUAUUAAUCUUUUUUCCUUCCCUUGAGGACUGUGCCACCCAAAGUAUUCAUGAAGUCUUUCACAAAGUCCUUUUUUUCAUAGUUAUAAGGGUUUUUUUCCCAAUUUGGCUUUCUAGGAUGAGUUUCUGAGAAAAAUGUGCUUUCUAUAUGCCUGCCAAAAACUUGGGACUUUCUGUGUAUAUUUAAAUGCUUUCAUUAUGUUAGUAAAGAAAAAAGCACAGGAUCCUUUACUUGCAAAAGCAUAAACGAGUAUUUAUCAGGAAAGGUGCUUUAUCUCUUGGAAAGUGCCACGCCAAAUUUGAUUGUAUAAGAGCUCUCAGUAAGAAGCAUCUUUUCUGACUUCCUUACAUUCAUAUGGGCCAACUUCACUUGUAGCAUAAUUCAACUGAACUAAAUUCUGUUGAGUCUUUCACAGUAGUAUUCUACCUCUAAACUAGAAUCUGAAAAAAGAACAAUUAGGCAUUGAUUUGUCUUUCUACUUCUCACUAUUUUUGUGAAGAAUGGUGGGUGGUUAAAUUGGUACAGUUCGUAUAUUUUCUAUAAGUGUUUACAUUUCUGGAUUUAUUGUUUCUUAAGUAUUUUGUUUGUACCUCUGAGUUUUGAAUUUUAAAUAAAUGAUUUGUACGUUUA